AUGGAAUUAGUCCCAGGUUUUCUGAAUCAGAUGCAGAAAGCACUUGUGCUUGCCGGUAUAGUAUAUGGAUGGCGUUUGGGUGACAUGAGCUUUGGAGAAUCGGUGUCACCGUCCCUGCUUGAUCCUGCCGCGAGUGACUACCUGACGGUUGAAUAUUUGAAAGGUUUGAAGAAGAAUGAGUUGGUUAACCGCAGCGACUUCGAAGGUGCUGCGGCUGACCCAAUGGAGCUCAAGUUGCGGCGAGUACGUCAUACGUCUCCUGAGUUUACUCUUUCAGUGCUACAAAAUGGCGGUGAAAUAACCCCAGCUGAAGGAUUCAAGCUUGUCGAAAAAGAACUGGAGGCCCGACGACUCGAAAUGGAAGAAAAUAAUGCACAGGCGAAUGCACAAGAACUGCUCCUUGGCCAACAAUUACCGGCAGUUAUAUUCACCCUGGCGGAAUUGCAGUUCUUGCUCGGGGUCUUCUCCAUCGAUCCACCCAAAUUAAUGUUUACUUUUAUGAAGGACUUUGGCGAACUUCACCACCUCGGAAAAUACCGAGAUAUCAGCAAGCAUUACUCACACAUUCCCCUGUACUCCAAAAUACACGACUUUAUUGUCCGCCUCAUCCGCCACCGACGGGAAACAGCAACUCCUCCAGGCUCCGACCCUCCAGGCUCCGACCCUCCAGGACCCGACCCUCCUGGCCCGGCCCCUCCAGUCCCUGACUCGGACCCUCCAGCCUCUGAACCCCAGCCAACCGCCCCGGUUGCGCCUUCCUCCGCCCCUGCGACCACACCUUCGGUCAGCGCCGUUCCCUUCGAUGCUUCAGAUAUCGUGAGCAAUAAUUCGGGACUAGACGCUCUCUACAGCGACCCCGAGCUACUGGCCCAUGAAAUAGACAUCGACGGUCUUGACCGAGAUCUACACAAGUCGCGCAGAGGACUCGAUCCUCAAAACAUCCGCGCCCUACUCAAAGUUCACGAAAUGGCCGACCGCCUGGUCCAAACCAACGACGACCCGGACGGUGAUUCUGACUCGGACGAGAUCGUCCACGCUCUUCACAUGCAACACGAUCCUAGUCAGCUAACCGCGCUGGACCCAAUCACCGAACACCAUGCCGACGACCUCGUUCCAACCACGGGUUUUUACCCCACAUGGCAAAACCUCGCCUGGCAAUAUCCUGCUUGGGAAAAUCCGACUUGGGAUAAUCCGACUUGGGAUCAGGACGUACCUUACUUCAAUCCGCAACUCGCUUCCGACGCAGCGGACGCUCCGCACCUCCCCAGUUCUCAUCGGUCCUUGUUUUCGCAAGACGUGUCUUCACAGCACCUGUCUUCGCAAGAUUUGUCUUCUUCCUCUUAUCACAUACCGACGAAUGUUACCGCACUCCCCUUCCCGUCUUCUCCCGCAGCGCCUAACAUGAACCCCGCUGUGAGCUUGUCUGCCGGUCAGGGUAUGAAUUUGCCUGUUCCAAAGGCUCUGUUCGGUGUUCCUGGGGGCACAAGUUCUUCUAGUGGGCGUUCUGAUGGAGUUGAUGUUGCGGGACUUAGUGAGGAUGGUCUUAAGAGCGGUGGUUGGUUGGGAGGUGUGGCGAUGUCUAGACACCGCCACAUCCGGCACGAGCACACUAACCAUGAGCCGAAAGAUGAGCAUGUGGAGCGUUUGAUAGACCACUUGCGAAAGCACAGCACGCUCCAUGACGGUCCGGGUGUGUACCAUGACUACAUUAACCUCUGUGACUGGGUACGGUUGCCACGGUCUUGUCAGCAGCGUCGUUUUUCGAAGACUUGUUUGGACCACACUUUGCGUCGGUGGCAGGGUCAUCCUCGCGACCUGGAGUUUCUGCCGCGGUUGGGUAUCGGUCAGGUGGCGCUACCACGGAAUCCAGUGCGAGCGUUACGGGCGAUCAUUGAGGUGGCGUGCAACCCAUGGGUGAAUGAGCUGCACGGCGACUCGAUGGUGUACGUUCCGGAUAACCGGUUGGAGCUCAAGUGGAUUAGCCGCGGGACUUCUCGGUGGGAUACGACCACCCCAAAGCCGCGUCCGGGGACGACGACUACUACGCCAGCACCGGGAGGGAACAGGUCGACGACUGCGAGCGGGGAGUGGACGUGGCACUACAACGGGCCGGGGACGGAUACGGUGUUGAGAGGAAAGAACAACCCGAAUGAUCCGGACACGAAGGCGCAGUGGCAUCUGACAGAUCUGCAGAUUGACAAGGCCUGGGACCUGACGCGCGGGUCGCGGAACAUUACUAUCAUGAUAGCGGACACGGGGGUGCAGAAGGAUCACCCGGAUUUGGAGGGCAAUUUUUGGACGAACCCAUCGCCCGGUGGCAGUGGUUUCGGGAAUGACGUCCACGGCAUCAACGCUUCAGACGACUCUGACGACUUUGACGACGACGGUGGACACGGGACACACAUGGCGGGUGUGGCGGCGGCGGUAACCAAUAAUGGCGUGGGCGUGGCGGGGAUCGGCUGGAACACGUUAUUGGUGCCUUGCAAGUUCAUUGGACCAGCGGGCGGUAGUAUGGGUCACCUGAACAAGUGUUUGGAAUAUGCCGUAGAGAAGAAGCUAGACGUCGUUUCAAUGAGCUUCGGAGGUGAUGUGGCUUUUGACGGAACGAAAACGGCUUGCCAAAAGGCGACCGAAGCGGGGAUCUUUCUGGCCGCGGCCUCUGGUGACGCCGGAAAGGACAACGACUCCUCGGGUGCUUGGCCGGCAAACCUCAGUGCCGAAAGCGACAUUGCCCUAGUCAGUGUCAAUGGCUACUGCAAGAAUCAGACACUCAUUGACUAUGGGAAUUACGGCGCCAAAAAUGUCGAAAUUGCUGCUCCCGGGGAUUACGUCUUCGCAACCGCCUGGCACACCUCAUAUGAAUACAGAGGAGGCACAUCCCCCGCCACCCCCUGUGUCGCCGGUAUCGCCGCUCUGGUUAAGGCUGCCAACCCCGCACUUACUGGCCUCCAGAUCAAAGAUAUACUCAAAACCACCAGCACGAACGUCCCCCAAUACCAGGGCAAGCUCGCAUGGGCCAGUAAACCCAACGCCCUUGCAGCAGUACAGAAAGCACAGUCCUCCUGA